CACAUGAUUGACAUUUCCCAGUCACAUGGCCAGACUCUGUUAGCAUCCUUUGGUCAGCAGAUAGGACCGUCCCAUGCCCUCACCUGACUGGGUGUACAAGGAUGAAGAAGAUCAGUCUGAAGACGAUCAGAAAGUCACUUAACAUAAAGGGCAAAGAAGAUGGGGAUUUCGUCAUGCUCCAGCAGCCAUCAUUAGCGGCUGAGUUCACCAAGGAUGACUCUCUCUUCGGAGGCUGUUACACCAAAGGGCUGGUAGGUUGUGAUCUUAAUGGGGAGGAUGAGAAGGGUCAUAAGAACCGAUCGAAGAGCGAAAGUCUUAUGGGCACUCUUAAGAGGAGACUGUCUACCAAACAGAAAGCGAAAGUCAAAGGAGGCUCCACCACGGUGGGCUCUGGAGAUGAUGACGACACCUUCUCUUCCUCAUCGGUCCCAAUAAGCUUUAAUGAAGUCAAAGCCCAGCGGCCCUUAAGAUCCUCAUCCCUCCGAAGCCAUCAUUACAGCCCUUCUCCGUGGCCUUUCCGGCCAGUCGUCUCUGAAGAGGCUUGCAUCAAGAUGGAGGUGAAAGUCAAAGCUAUGGUCCACUCCCCCAAUCCCAGUCCCUCCCUCAAUGGCAUCAGAAAGGAGUUCCAUGACAUCCAAUUAGAAGGUUUGUUCCAGGGUCAGAGCGAGUCUCUGAAGGACAUGGAUACUCAGAGUGGCAACUUGCAUUUGACCAUUGAGGAUCACGUGCCUAUUGGACUCACACCUCAGGACUACAUCCAGUACACAAUGCCUUUAGAUGAGGGAAUGUACCCAGAUUCGUCCCAGUCCUUCUGCUUGGAUGGUCCCUCGCCAAUGGAAGUGGUUGAUCAGGUCGAAUCUAGCUCGUUGCACGUGGAUCAGGGCCCGGAUGACCACAAUCUCAUGCCAUCGGACAUUCUCAUAGAGCAGGCGGUGAACAGACACCUUCCUGGUAAUCCGGCGAUGGUCCUUUCCAACUCCAGAGCCGACACACCUUUAUUUUCUCCCUCCCUGUCACCUCUUUCCAACAACAAUAUUCCAAUGACCCUCUCUGGGUUCAGUGGUGCAGACUCUCAUGUUGUCGAGAGAGUGAGGCACCACCUGAACUUUGACCCCAAUUCUGCUCCCGGUGUUA